UUGGCCUGAGAUUAGCAGUGAGUUUGUUCAACCUGUUAAUUGCAGUUGUUGCUGGCUCCUUUAAUGAUGACGUGGUAAGAACCAUUCAGUCAACAGACGCUCUGAACGGUGCUGGUGUCAGCGCCGAGGCUCCAUUGGUGAAAUGUAGCCUGCAGGGUUCUGCCCGUCUGCCUGCCUUUUCCAUGGAUGGGGACUUUGUGAUUGGAGGGGCUUUCUUUAUUCACUACCAAAUGCACACACUGGUAAACAACUACACCACAAAGCCUGAGCUACCGAGAUGCACAGGAAGUUUUAACGCCCGGGAUCUGCGCUUCUCCCGCACAAUGAUCUUUGCAAUUGAGGAGAUAAACAACAGCACAGAGCUGCUGCCUGGCAUCAGACUGGGUUAUCAGAUCUAUGACACAUGCUCCGCCGUGCCAGUAGCUGUACAUGUGGCAUUUCAGCUGUCAAACGGUCAGGACCCUGUGUUUUACAAAGGAGAUAAUUGUUCUCAGUCUGGAGUGGUGGUGGCUGCUGUGGGAGACUCUGGAUCCACUCCAUCCAUCAGCAUGUCACGCAUCAUGGGGUCAUUCAACAUCCCUCUGGUGAGUCACUUUGCCACCUGUGCCUGCCUGUCUGAUAAACAGGAGUACCCGACCUUUUUCAGAACGAUUCCCAGUGAUUAUUAUCAAGCCGCUGCGCUGGCCAAACUGGUGAAACACUUUGGUUGGACCUGGAUCGGAGCCGUCCAUUCAGACUCAGAUUAUGGAAAUUACGGCAUAGCAACUUUUCUUGACACGGCACGCAGAGAGGGGAUCUGUGUGGAGUACAUCGAAUCCUUCGACUGGACCCACCCACAGAGCAAAAUCCGAAAAGUCGCCGAUGCUGUCCGGAGUUCAACAGCAACGGUAGUCGUGGCGUUUGCAGCUCCUGGAGACAUGAAAAUCCUCUUUGAAGAGCUGGCAUGGCAGCCAGCUCCACCUCGUCAGUGGAUUGGAAGCGAGGCCUGGAUAACUGACCCAAACCUGAUGAGAUUCAGUUUCUGCACAGGGGCCAUCGGUGUUGCUAUUCAGAAAUCUGUGGUCCCAGGUUUGAGAGACUUCCUUUUAAAUCUCUCUCCCUCUGAAGUUUCUGCGUCCUCAGUUCUCACUGAGUUCUGGGAGGAUGCGUUCAACUGCAGCCUGACAAAAGCUUCUAAACUAAACAAGAGAGUGUGUGAUGGAACUGAAGAUCUAAAAACCCUUAAAAGUCCGUACACUGAAACAUCUCAGUUAAGAGUUUCUAACAUGGUGUACAAGGCUGUUUAUGCAAUAGCACAUGCUAUACACAAUGUAAUAUGUGAGGAAACAAAUGCAACCAGACAAUGUAAUAAAUACAUCAGACUGGAGCCCCAACAGGUUUUAACUGAACUAAAGAAAGUAAACUUUUCUCGAAAUGGCUAUCAUGUGUCGUUCGAUGUUAAUGGGGACCCCAUAGCUUUUUAUGAGCUGGUAAACUGGCAAAAGACUGAGAAAGGUGUUAUUGAGCCGGUAACAGUGGGAUACUACGAUGCAUCACUGCAGAGGGGGGAACAGUUUCGUAUCAACAGGAACCUAACCUGGCUGGAAGAUGGCACACAAGUUCCAGUGUCGGUUUGCUCAGAGAGUUGUCCUCCAGGAACUCGUAAAGUGUUGCAGAAAGGAAAACCAAUCUGCUGCUAUGACUGUAUACCAUGUCCUGAAGGAGAGAUCAGUAAUAUGACAGAUGCUCCAGAUUGCUUCCUGUGUCCCAGAGAGUUCUGGCCUAAUGCAGGGAAGAACAAUUGUUUUCCCAAACCUGUGGAGUUUCUUUCCUUCGAUGAAGUCCUGUCAAUCAUCCUGGCUGUAUUCUCUGUUAGUGGAGCCUUUCUGGCUAUAAUUACAGGAUUGCUUUUCUUCCAUCACAGAACAACCCCAAUUGUCAGAGCCAACAACUCAGAGCUGAGCUUCCUGCUGCUCUUCUCUCUGACUCUGUGUUUCUUAUGUUCAUUAACUUUCAUUGGAGCCCCCUCUGAGUGGUCCUGCAUGCUGCGGCACACAGCGUUUGGCAUCACAUUUGUUCUCUGUAUCUCCUGUGUUCUUGGGAAAACUAUAGUGGUUCUAAUGGCCUUUAAAGCUACACUUCCUGGUAGUAAUGCAAUGAAAUGGUUUGGACCUGUACAACAAAGAAUGACUGUAAUGUCUGUAACCUUUAUUCAGGUUAUAAUAUGUAUCAUUUGGUUGGUUGUGAGUCCUCCCUUCCCAGUGAAAAAUCUGACCACCUACAAGGAGAAGAUCAUCCUGGAAUGUGCGUUAGGCUCUGCUGUUGGUUUCUGGGCUGUGCUCGGCUACAUCGGCCUGCUGGCUCUGUUUUGCUUUGUGUUAGCUGUUCUAGCUCGGAAACUACCUGAUAAUUUUAACGAAGCCAAGAUGAUAACCUUCAGCAUGUUGAUAUUCUGUGCAGUCUGGAUCACCUUCAUCCCAGCUUAUGUCAGCUCUCCUGGAAAAUUUACUGUGGCUGUGGAGAUAUUUGCUAUUCUGGCCUCCAGUUUUGGACUGAUACUGUGUAUAUUUGCUCCAAAGUGUUUCAUCAUUUUGAUUCAGCCAGAAAAGAACACCAAGAAAUAUUUAAUGAACAAAAAGUAGUAGUAUACCAUGUCUCGAUUGAAAUCAAAAUGUGCGGUAAGCCAUGUUGAUGCAACUGCUAAACAUUUGAUCCAGCUUUAUUUCUUUUCACGAAGCUUUAAAAUAUCAGAAAUAUCAGCCGCGUGACGUGCCGCUGAAGAGAUUUUGUUGUUUGUGUUGUCUUGUUUCAAAAAUAAAUCCUGAAAAAAACUGUACAAAAAGUAAUUUUGAGGGGUAAAUUUUUGCUUGAAUACUUAAUUAUCGACAGCUGUAUUUAAAUGCCACUCUCCAAAGAUUAAAAACAUCCUGAAAUAUGUUACUUAUUUUCAAGGCUUAUAUCCAACUCAUUAGCCUGACUACACGGUGCAUCAUACUGAUUCAAUGAUGGGAUGAUUCACGGAUCAGCAGUGACGGCGUGUUUGAAGAAAAUGCUGCAUGACUUUGAAAAAAUCCUUUAAUGGAGAAACUAACUAUAAAAGUAAUGUGAUGUACACUUUGAUGCUUUGCUUGUGAUGGCUUUGUUUUCUUUAUUGAAGAAUAUUAAAGAGUUUAAUCAUG